AAAUAAUGUUUGACAGCUAUCGGAAUAUAACGUUCCGUCAAUAUUGUUCGAUCCUUAGCUCCAACACAAAUCAUCCAAAAAGAGUUUAUUUUUAUCGCUGAGAUAUAGAAGAGAAAAAAAUGUUAACAACAAUAUUACGCCGAAUUCCACAAGUUGCUUCAAUUCAACGAGUUGCUGUUUCUGUUGCUGGCUAUUCCCAAAAAAACUACAAUCGAUCAGUUGAUAAUAACAAAAAUUGUAAAUACACAAAACCAAACAGUGUCGACAAUUAUAUGACGAAUUCUGUGAAUAGUUCGUUGUCAAGUGGGAGAAACGAUGGACCGAUUUUGUAUCAUGAUGAAGCGUUGUCAGCCGAUCAGCAUGACAUGGUUUUAACAGACAUAAAUCGAAAAGAUCUCGCUGAUGAAAAUUGGCAAUCGUCACGGAAAUCCAAAUUUGAGCAAAGGGGGGUUUAGUGCGUCACCGUUUCCGGUUGAUGGCAUAAUUUUCGGUGAAAAUAAUCGGUUGAUGAUCUGUCUAAACUGUCAGCGUGUCGAAAAGCCGACUGCACCGAUUGUCAAGGUCUGGUUCCUCGUUGACACUGGUUCCAAUUGCACUUUUCUCUGCAAAGAUACAUUAAAUGAGAUGUAUGGUGCAACCGUAGUGCUACCAAUUAUUUUGUUGCAAUACAGGAUUCCAAGUCUGAAAUCAAAUGCAACAUUUCGCACAGUCACUUCGCAGACGUGAACGUUUUGGGUAUGGAAGCUAUGCUUGAUCUGGAAGUGUCUAUCGAAAGUAUGAACCGCAAACAAAAAUAUUUCCGACUCGCCAGAAUUUCUACAACCAAAUGAGGAUUGCUAUGGAGAAAAGUCUGCAUGUCUUUUUCUUAUUAUUCGAAAAUAUAAACGGCAAAUUUGUCUGUUUUUUUUUCUUUUUCGUAUUGUAACACAUUCGAUUAAAACAUUAUUGCUUCAAAAAUGAGAAAUGAAUGAUAUAGCGUUUGAAAUGAAGUACAUACACUUUAAAA